CAAGGUCCUGAUUGUGAAGGGUUCCUGGGUGAGCACUGGGUCGCUGUCCCCGGCCAAGGACUUCUGGCCGGGACCUUGCUCCUGAAGGAAACAUGGACCUCCGGCUUUGGUGGCUUUACCUCCUGCCGGUGUCCGGGGCUCUGAAGAUCCUCCCGGAAGUAGAGCUGGAGGGAGCCCUGGGCGGAUCCGUUGUCAUCGAGUGCCCGCUUCUUGAAAAAGGCCAAGUGCGGAUGUACCUGUGCCGGCAGAUGGCUAACCCUGGGAUAUGUAGUACCGUGGUGUCCAGCAACUUCAUCAAGGACGAGUACAGGCACCGAGUCACCCUGAUGCCAUGUUCAGACAGGAAGCUGUUCCUGGUGGAGAUGACCGGGCUGACCGAGAGGGAUAGCGGGGUCUAUGCCUGCGGACUGGGCAUCCACACAGACAAAGGCAAGACCCUGAAAGUCACCUUGAGUGUCCACAAUGCAGAGUAUGAGCCAUUCUGGGAAGAGGAGCCAAUGUCUGAGUCUCAAAGUUUAUGGCUUCAUAAACUUCUGCAGCAGCAGAUGCCCAGUUGGCUUGAGAUGGUGCCACAUGCUGCCGGGCCUCCAGAACUCCCAUCCAAAGAUGCUACAGCUGAGAGGACAGAGGCCCCUCCAGUCCAGCGCUCCGCCGCCGCCACUCCAACAGCCCACCGACCUCAGACGCCUGGAGCAUCUUUGGCAGCAGCUGCCAAGCCGCCACCCCUUCUGCCAUCCACCACAGCCUCAAAGGCUUCAGCUCAGGAGGGGUUGCUUGGGCCCCAGGAGGCCAGUUACAACCACCGCACCUGGCUGCACAAGCAAAGAGCAUCCACCCCCGGCUCCCCGGCCAGGAGGCGCGACCUGGGGUUUCACAUCCUGAUCCCCAGCGCCCUGGGCCUCCUGCUGCUGGCGCUCCUGGGGCUGGUCCUGAGACGGGCGCUUCAGCGGCGGCGCGCCCUCUCCAGACGGAUCCGCCGGCUGGCCGUGAGGAUGCGCGCCCUGGAGGCCUCGGGGCGGCCCGGGUCGCGCCAGCCCCGCGCGGGGCAGCGGCCGCGCUCCCAGAACAACGUCUACAGCGCGUGCCCGCGCCGCGCUCCGGGGGCCGCCGAGGGUGAGCAGCGGGGUGCGGGGGGCGAGGGGCACUCGGGUGGGCGGGGCGCGCUCCUUCCCGGGAGAGUCGCCCGCAACCUCACCCCGCCCUCCUGUCCCCCAGACCUCGUCCCCGAGCCCCAGCCGGAGCCCGGACCCUCGACGCCCCUCGCCCCGCCGCAGGUUAGCCCCGCCCCGCUGCAGGUGCCUGACGCUCCUUGGCUCCCUGUCCCAUCGCUGAAGACCAGCUUUGAAUAUGUGACCAUCUGCCACCAGCCUGCUGCCAGGAGGGAGGAUGCUGAGUCCAGUGACUACAUCAACAUCCCCAGCCUGACGUUCCUUCCGAGCUGAGCUGUCCUCCAGGGCCCAGACUGUGGCGCCAAUGAGUCCUGUCUGUCUGAGGACCCCAGCGCCUGCCGAGUCUCAGCAGAGGCCUCGUCGCCUCUCGUAUUGCAUGCCCCAUCUCCCCGCAUACACAUCCGUCUGCUCUGCACCCGGCGCUGCCCCAGCUCACCUCGCAUACACCUGCAGACCGUGUCACCUCAGAGGCUCCAGGCAGGCAGGGCGUUUGUCUCGAUGCCACCUGCUUCUUCUCCAAGCUGUUUACCAGGCCAUGAGAUCUGCAGGCCAUCUCAUCAGUGCCUUGGGUCGUGGGGUCUUUGCUGCCUUGGCUUUAGAUCCUGUGGCAUCAGGAUGGGGUGUAGGCAGCAGCUUCCCUUCCCAGGCUUGGGCCUCAUCCAAGCAGAAGGCUGUAGGGGUGCACAGGAGGACAUGCCUCAGCCCCACACGCUUCUGUUUAUCUGUCUCAAGUCCUAUGUGCUAAGGGCAAUUUAUUUUGAUGGGGGGACAUAUUCUACAUAUGCAGAGCCGAGCUUGUUAGUGUUAGUGGUAUAAAUAUAAGCAUAUUAAUGUUUAUACAUAAAGCCUCCUUUAGUCUCCCUCUCAUGCUGUGGACACAUUCCCUGACCUCAGCUAUUCUCCUCUUUAGGCAUAGUCUUUGUCAUCUCCUUACCCAUCUUCCACGUCCUAGCACUGAUGUUUGUGCAUUUACCUUUGGUCUACUUUAUCCCAAACCAUCACUUCUCUGCUUUCAGAAAUGCACCUCAUCUCUUUGCCAGCUCCAGAUAAGUAUAGAAAGGUGGGGGAGGGAAGCAGCCCGGGUUCCUGGGCAUCAAGGCUCUGCAGUGGGACUCCUGUCAUGGAAGAGGAGGCAUCCCACCUCCUCCACAUACUUUUCUCCUAGGCUUUUGAAGCUAGGUCAUAGUUAGACACUGUCUUUGGAUCUGUGUCAGCUACAAAGUACAGCCAGAGCUUGAGGCUACAGAUGCUGACUCCUGCCAUUGGAAGGACCUUUCCCGGAAGUGUAGCACAGCCUCCCGGACACUGGUCCAGAAAUGGAAAGGAAAUGCUGCCAGGACUGAACUGGGUUUGCCUUUAUUAGCAAGGACUGUCAUCACAGAGGGGACGAUCCAGCCAGGUACGAUGACCUCAGCAGUGCCAGCUGGGCCCUGCUGCCGUUCCAGGCAGCAAGGAGAGCACCCAAGAAAAGGAAAAGAGGAGCGGAUCGAGAGUGAGCCGGGUACUUCACACACUGUCUUUUGUCAUUUACUUCCCAAGCUGAUGCCCCUCAUUCUACCCUUGACCUCUGUUCCUGCGGAUGAGUGA